GUGUAGCAUGCUUGUUAACGGGCCGUGAUACGCCUUGAAUUUACAUGCGUUAGCUGCAAUACGAAUUGCGAGAUUAGAUUGAAAGACAACAACUAGGAACGGGAUGUUGAUAUCUACAAACCGCCAUGCGCCGUAAGUUACUUGUAACCACCUGUAUUUACAUGUCCACGUUCGCCGUAAUGAUGUAUGUCGGUGUUUACAACCACCUGCAAACUACAAUGGACCUGAAAAACUCUUCAUCUGAACAGAAUGAUUCGCCAGAUUCUGCCACACUCUACCAGACUCAUCAGCAUCGUGUACCUGAUAACAACAUACAUAUUAUAAUGGCUACUGAUCUGAAAAAUUUUGCUGGUGCACCGGUGGUCAUCAAUUCCUUGCUACGUAAUACCGGAGUUCCCGAGAAAAUCCGAAUCCACUUCGUCGUAUGUGGAGAAAGCAUAGAGAGUAUGAAGCAAUAUCUACAAUGUCAUGACUUGGACAUCCCACCAGAUAUGAUAGAGAUGGUUACCUUCGAUAGUUCAAUCUUAGAUCCGGAUAUUGUAAAAUUAUGGGAGCAUUCAUACUAUAUUCCAAGGUUGAAAAGUUCGUGUAAUUAUGCAAGGGCGUACUUUUACAGGUUAUUCCCAGAAGUAUCGAAAGCAAUAUAUUUAGACAUGGACUUGGUAGUGGAUGCACCAAUAGAAGAUUUGUGGUCAGAGGCAAGUAGUCUGACAGCGCCAUUUCUUGCAGUGAAAAACAAUCAUGGAUUUGAACAAGAAGGGUUCAGGGUCGAUGUAGUUUCAAAGCUAUACCAAAAAAGAUACCACAGAACAUUCAAUAAAACUGCGACGAUUUUUAAUUGCGGGGUGUUUGUUAUUGAUUUGGACUAUUAUCGAAGUCAUAGAAUUGUCUCUGAAGUGGAAUUCUGGUUAAAAAUGAAUGCAAGAUUUCCAGAGAAUGGCAAGCUGUGGAUGUGGGAUGCCCAAGCAAUAAUUCAACUACUUUUUCAUAAGAACUGGCAACCAAUAGACCGGAAAUGGAACAUCGAAUACCUGGGCGCACCAGGAGUAUUGAUGACAGAGGGAAGACGAAGGCGUCUAGGAAACGGCGGAAUAUUGCAUUGGACAGGAGAUUUUAAACCGUUUCUUCCUAAUGGACUCAACAAAGAGUUUUGGGAGGUGCAUCAACCUGGUCAAUGUUCUGGUCAUGGCGAGUGUAGUCGUAACGAAGACAGUGAAGUUGCAGAAUACUGGAUAUGUAAAUGUCAGAGGCGUUAUACUGGCAGAUUUUGUGAAGAUGAUAAAUAAACAGAUUUCAAUAUACAUCUACAUUCAAGGACACCAUGCAGUGUCUGGUACUCAAAACAAUGCAUGGAACAGUAAACAAGAUGGACUUCGCAUCUUUUAUAUGCCUAUAAGUUAUUUUGUAGACGUUAGAAACCUGACAGGACUGUAUUCAGUUUUGUGGGACACAAAUAUAAAUUUAUUAUAAUAUACAUGCACAAGUACACAUAAUUCAAUCAUAGCACACACAUUGUAUCACUCAUCUCCAAGAGAACUUAUGUAAAGUCAUUUAUUAAUCUAUUAAAAAUAAGUUACAAGUA